AGGUGUUGCCUCAGCAGAUGGAUCUGCAUAUUUGAUUUGGGACUGGUUUAAUGGUACAACAGCAGUAAUCUUUAGCCACAGAUUCACAUUUCCGCGAUUGAGUAUUUUCAGCAGUAAGUCAGUGUGUGUUUAAAUUUACAUUGAAUCAGUUUCCUUAUUUCUUUAAAGGUGACAGUGCAUGUUAAUGAAUACAUCAGUGUAAAUAUGCCAGUUAGCCAAAAGGCUACCCUUCAUCUGUCGCCCCUGGCAGGUCAGACAAAAUCUAUAAACACGAAAUUUAACACACCAUCAGACAAUGUAGAACGAUCUAGUCCAGACCACAAAAACAUAAAAUUACAACAUGAAAUGUCAUAGUACAAUAAAACAAUAAAUAUAAAACAUACAACAAUAAAGAUAACACAUAUUAAUAUAAAAUUAAUAAUCACUAAUCAAAUUCCUCUUUAGCCAUUGUUUGAGAUGAGUUUUAAAUGUGUUGAAGGUAGUACAUUCUCUUAUUACAGCUGGAAUAUCACUCCAAAUCUCACUACCUGUAACUGAUAAUAACUGUUUGCUGAGCGUUAUGUCUAAAAGGUAUUGCACAAUCACCUCUAGUAGAGGAUCAGGUUUGUUUUCCACUGAUAAUGGAUUUUAACAUGACUGAUCAAUGAUUGUGGAGCACGUCCAUGUUGGAUCUUAUAAAUACAACGAGCAAACUUCAAUGUUUUAAAAUGUUCAAAACUUAAGAUAUUAUAUUUCUGAAGUACGACGGAAGGAAAAAGUUACAUUAUUUCAUAGUUUAAAAAAAUCCAAUUUCAUAUGAUCAAAUUUAUGUCAAAAAAUCUAAAUUUUAUUCCCUCCUAUGUCAUGUGUGAGUACUGUACUGUAAAUGUCAUGGAUAUCAGAUGACACUGAUAACCUAAUGCUAAUUGCAAUAACUAUGCAGAGGUCUCUAGGCCUCGACUUUUAUGGAGCAUGUGAAGUUUGGGGCAGAGUGGACAAAGAAAAGUUUCUCAGCAGGUUCAACAGGUUGCUACAACACAGGCCGAUGAAGUAUUGCACUCACUCAUCCAAAGUGGCAAACAUGUAACGUACACCCUAAGACUGAUGCUGCUUUUUACUCCUUAGUUAUGAUUUAAUCUGAUAUUCUGUAGCCUUGGAGACAGUUUGCAUAGAUUAGAAUGUUAGAUUCCUGUGAUGUCAUCGAUGCCCAUGUUUUGUUUUAAUGUCUUGUGAUAGUUCUAACUGCAUACAAAGUCAGAGUUCAAGUGAGUUUAGUACAAAGAGUACAAUUUUGAACCAGUUCCUGACAUGUCGUCAAAAUCUUGGCUGACCUUUACCACACCACGUGCUGUGGGUGUGCGUAAAUAUCUAGACCGCCACACUGAGCCCUGGUUCCUCAGGAUAGAGGACAGGACGUCAGAUGGGCGAAUCAAGAGCUCCAAACGAAAAGAUUGUGCCACAGAAAGACUGGAAAAAGCUUCCAAAAGAAGCAAGGACAGCAAAAGUCCAACCCCAGGCCUCAGCCAUCUUGUCUUGGAGAAGUCUGCUUUCAGAAAGAAGAGCAGCAAACGAAAGUCAAGCAGCGAUGGAACAAAACAACCACGCAGUAAAAAGAGCAAGACAUCAAGCUCACAGGAGGAGGCCAGCUGCUCCGUCUUUGAGGCAGAUACACCUUUGCCCAGCGCAUACAAAAGUCACAGUAUAGAGGACUUUGAAGAAAAAUACAAAGAGCAGGAUAAGCUGGGUGAAGGAGGCUUUGGGACUGUCUUCUUUGGAAAACGCAGAGAAGACAAUUUCCCAGUGGUGAUUAAGCAUGUUGCUCAUGUUUUAGUCAGCUACCUACCAGUGCUUCUUAAUGGUGAAAUGACCAAGAUUCCCAAGGAGGUGGCAUUGCUAAUAAAAGUGGGGGCAGGACCAGAGGCUACAAGCAGCAAUGUGACCCCCAUUUUAAUCGACUGGUAUGACUUGGAAGACGAACUCAUUAUGGUCUUUGAAAGGCCAAAAGAAAACAUAGACUUGGAAGCCUACCUGGCAAACAGAAGAACCUUUGUGCACGAGAGGGAGGUUAAGGUCAUAAUGAGACAGCUGGUACAUGCAGCCGCUGAAAUGCAAUCCAAGGGUGUCUUCCAUCGAGACAUUAAGCCAGACAAUAUUGUGUGUGACACAUCGCCUGAUCAUCCAGCAUUUCAAUGUGUCAGAUUCAUCGAUUUUGGCAUUGGAGUCACUUUUACACCAGAAGCAAUCACACGAAGAAAUGGGACCAAAUCACCUGCUCCAAACUGGCAGGACUUUAAUGCCACCACAGCAGACUGCGUCACAGUUUUGCAGCUGGGUACGGUGAUGGAUUGGCUGGUACGUCACAUCAUCCCUGAUGACAACAACACAUCUGAGAUGCGCACUGACAUUUCAGAGGAUUGCAAGUGUUUUCUGUUGGGUUGUUACUGUCAGAGCCAUGAAGACCGUCUCACCCUAGAGGAAGUUCAGAAUCAUCCCUGGCUCAAAUGACGUACUGAUGCCAAGUAAAACAGGGUUACAGAGCAGGAGCUCUAACAAAGAAGUAUUCGGUCACAUUCAAAAGCUAUGGCACAUAGCUGUCCAUGUUUUUAUCAUUUCUAUCAUUUUUACAGGGCCCGCCCCUCUGGAAGCACCCCACAAGAGCAAGUGGACCAUGAGAUUGCAGUGGAACUUCCACCCGGUCUUUAGUCUUGUUGCCAUUGUAUUUUCCAUACAUUUCCCACCCACCCCCAGCAAUCCGUGGAAAGGGGAUCUCUCUCUGAAUUGCCUUUCCCGAGGUUUCUUCUCAAGUUUUUGAGGAGUUUUUCCUCGUCUUCUUAGAGAGCUUGUGCUGGGUUAAAAACUGUUGCUACUAUUAGCCUGAGUUAUGAAUACAGUUGUGGCCUAAUGUUUUGUCAGUGGUACAAAAUUUGCUUUUGCGCACUUUGCCACUUCAGUCUGUAUUUAGAGCCACAACUGUAUACACAACAGACCGAACAUGCUCAGCUUUGCCAAAGCUAGCAGGAAUUGGAGUUUAAUUUGAUCAAUUAAUUAUUUAUGAAUCAAUUUAACAAACAAAUGGGCAAAUGUAAAGAAAUGUAUCAAUCAGGGAAUUAGUAGCAACAUUAAUUGGACAAUCUAAAUUUAUUGGUUGAUUAUUAAAUGAAUCUGGAUAACUCA